GUAGUCCACAUUACAGCCGGCGACGAUGAAGUCGGAGUAAUUGCGAACUGAAUAUGUUCUGAAUUAAAUCACCUGGCAUGCAUUUAGAUGUACGAAAUAUUUUAAACACAUUAUGAUAGUUUCAGAUCUUGUGUAUUUUUGUUGCUCUCGGUAUUAGAGAGGAUAACUUCAAGAUCGUAAAUUUUUCGCUCCAAGGGCGUGGAUUUAAAACUAAAUUUCAUGUAACUGUGUUUGUACUUAGUCAAGAACUUGUAUUUAUUUUAUUUGUGCUGUGUCAACUACAUAUACGUAAUGGAAUUAGCUCAUACUAAAAGUUGUGAAGAAAUAUUAGAGUAUUUUGAUACACAUCCAGAAAAAGGUUUGUCGGAAGCUCAAGUGAAAAAUCUCCAAGAAAAAUAUGGUCCUAAUGAAUUACCAGCAGAAGAAGGUAAACCUCUGUGGCAACUCAUAUUAGAGCAGUUUGAUGACUUACUAGUAAAAAUUCUGCUUCUUGCUGCUAUUAUUUCAUUUGUUUUAGCUCUUUUUGAGGAACAUGAAGGUCAGAUUACUGCAUUUGUUGAACCUUUUGUGAUUCUCCUCAUUCUCAUUGCUAAUGCUGUUGUUGGAGUUUGGCAGGAAAGGAAUGCGGAAAGUGCAAUAGAAGCUCUAAAAGAAUAUGAACCUGAAAUGGGCAAAGUCAUCAGGCAAGAUAAACAAGGUGUGCAAAGGAUAAGAGCUAAAGAUAUAGUUCCUGGAGAUUUAGUUGAAGUGUCAGUUGGAGAUAAAGUGCCUGCAGAUAUUAGGUUAUUGAAAAUAUACUCAACGACAUUAAGAGUUGAUCAAUCUAUACUAACUGGUGAAUCUGUAUCAGUCAUAAAGCACACAGAUCCCAUUAGAGAUGUUAAAGCUGUGAAUCAAGAUAAAAAGAAUCUCCUUUUUUCAGGUACAAAUAUUGCAGCAGGCAAAGCUAGAGGUAUUGUUAUUGGAACUGGUUUGGAGACUGCUAUAGGUAAAAUCAGAACUGAGAUGUCAGAAACUGAAGAAGUGCGAACACCUUUACAGCAAAAACUUGAUGAAUUUGGUGAACAACUUUCUAAAGUAAUAUCUGUUAUUUGUGUUGCUGUUUGGGCAAUUAAUAUUGGACAUUUUAAUGAUCCUGCUCAUGGAGGGUCAUGGAUCAAGGGAGCUGUGUACUAUUUCAAAAUUGCUGUUGCUUUAGCUGUUGCUGCAAUCCCAGAAGGCUUACCUGCUGUUAUUACUACGUGCUUAGCUUUGGGUACACGGCGUAUGGCCAAGAAAAAUGCAAUUGUUAGAUCUUUACCUUCCGUGGAGACAUUAGGCUGUACAUCAGUUAUUUGUUCCGAUAAAACUGGAACCUUAACAACCAAUCAAAUGUCUGUCAAUAGGAUACUGGUAGUGGACAAAAUUGAAUCAAAUAGUGCAAAAUUUCUUGAAUUUGAGGUUACUGGUUCAACCUAUGAACCAAUUGGUGAAGUGUAUUUGAAUGGCCAUUCUGUACGUUGUGCUGAACAUGAGUCCUUGUGUGAAUUGGCUACAAUUUGUGUCAUGUGUAAUGAUUCCAGUAUAGAUUUCAAUGAGUACAAGCAAAUAUUUGAAAAAGUUGGUGAAGCUACAGAAACAGCACUUGUUGUUCUAGCCGAAAAGAUGAAUCCAUUUGGUUUCCAAAAAUCUGGAUUAAGCAAACGUGAUGCUGCUGUUAUUGUUAAUCAAGGUAUAUCUGCCAUGUGGCGUAAGGAAUUCACUCUCGAGUUUUCAAGAGACAGGAAAUCUAUGAGCACAUAUUGUACUCCUUUGAAAUCAAAUCGCCUUGGCCCAGGUCCUAAAAUGUUCUGUAAGGGUGCCCCAGAAGGAGUUCUAGAAAGGUGUUCUCAUGUUCGAAUUGGUAAUACUAAAGUGCCAAUGACUGCAGAAGUUCGUAACAAAAUACUGGAUGUUACUAAACAAUAUGGAACUGGCAAAGACACUCUACGAUGUUUGGCUUUUGCUACAAUUGAUAGUCCAUCUCAACCAUCAGCUAUGGAUCUUGCAGAUUGUACAAAAUUUGCUUCAUAUGAAACUGGAAUGACUUUUAUUGGAGUUGUUGGCAUGCUUGAUCCUCCAAGAAAUGAAGUCAAAGAUGCAAUUCGUCGGUGCAAGGCAGCUGGAAUUCGUGUUAUUGUUAUUACAGGUGAUAAUAAGUCGACUGCUGAAGCCAUAUGUAGAAGAAUUGGAGUCUUCGAAGAAGACGAAGAUACUUCAGGUUUGUCAUUUUCUGGUCGAGAGUUUGAUGAACUGGCCCCAUCUGAGCAGAAAUUGGCAUGUGCUAGAGCAAGACUAUUUUCUCGUGUGGAACCUGCUCACAAGAGUAAAAUUAUAGAAUUUCUACAAGCAGAUGGUGAAAUAUCAGCAAUGACCGGAGAUGGAGUAAAUGAUGCACCAGCCCUCAAGAAAGCAGAAAUUGGUAUUGCCAUGGGUUCUGGAACUGCUGUUGCCAAAUCUGCUUCAGAGAUGGUUCUUGCAGAUGACAAUUUCUCAACUAUUGUUGCUGCAGUGGAGGAAGGCCGUGCAAUUUAUAACAAUAUGAAGCAGUUCAUUCGUUACCUCAUCUCCUCAAACAUUGGAGAAGUGGUUAGUAUUUUUUUGACAGCUGCUCUAGGCUUGCCUGAAGCUCUAAUUCCUGUGCAGCUAUUGUGGGUAAAUCUUGUUACCGAUGGUUUACCAGCUACAGCAUUAGGUUUUAACCCUCCUGAUCUUGAUAUAAUGGAAAGGCCACCCCGUAAAGCUGAUGAAUCAUUAAUUUCAGGAUGGUUAUUCUUCCGAUACAUGGCAAUUGGAGGGUACGUUGGUGCUGCCACUGUAGGUGCAGCUUGUUGGUGGUUCAUGGCUGCUCCAGCUGGUCCUCAUCUCAGUUACUACCAGCUUACGCACCAUCUUGCCUGCCAUCAAGAUCCUGCCAAGUUUGAAGGUGUAGAUUGUAAUAUAUUUGCAGAUCCUCACUCAAUGACUAUGGCCCUCUCGGUUCUGGUCACCAUAGAAAUGUUAAAUGCUCUCAACAGUUUAUCCGAGAAUCAGUCAUUGCUUUUGAUGCCUCCUUGGACCAACUUGUGGUUAAUAUCAGCUAUUACUCUUUCAAUGACAUUGCAUUUUAUCAUCCUUUAUGUAGACAUUCUUUCGGCUGUGUUUUCUGUGUGCCCCCUGACCGUAACGGAAUGGCUCAUUGUUUUGAAGAUUUCGUUUCCUGUCAUCAUUCUCGAUGAAACAAUGAAAUUUUUCUCUAGGAAAUUUGUAGAAGGUCGAAAUCCCUUCUCUGAACUUCAUUGGAUGCUUGCAAUAUGGGCUUUAUACAUUGCACUUAUGAUAUAUUCCCCAAUUUAAAUGACUGUGAUAGUGAACUAUAGAAUAUUGAAACUCCAUCAAAAAAAAUCAUUGUUAUAAGAAUUUUAACUCUGAAACUCAUCAUAUUUUGAGGAUUAAUGCGACAUCAUCUGUAUCUGUUGCAGAACUGAAAUGGAUUCCUGCUAUGAUCGAGUAUUGUCGCAGAGUUAUAGCUUAAACAUUUUAUCUGUUUGAACAUGUCUUUAGACUUCAAGAUAUUUUAUUUAUUUUGCAUUGAACUUUGUUUUUACAUUUAUUAAUGUGUUAGCUUUGCAUAUUUGGACUGUAUAUACAAUACAUGACUUAGGAAACUAAAUUCUUCUUUUCUGUUUGAAAUCCAAUAUUUUCAUUUUAUUUUUGAAAUAUUUGCAUUUCUUGAGUAAAGCAAUAGCUCAUUUUAUAGUACAAUGAUGCAUGUUUUCCUUUACGAGUAAAGUAUAGAUUACCUUUGCUCUUGUGAUCCUUUGUAGCUAUUUCGAACUACAAAGCAGUGCAUUUUUAUUAGCAAUAUGUAGUACAAGUCUUGAGUAUCUGGCAGUUUUUACAUAUUUUAUGCUUUCUCACUUUUAUUUUUAGUAGCAAUGUGCAGCUCAGAUUUGUAUUACUGGAAUGAAACAUUCCAAAAACAGAGUGCAGCAAGUUAUGUGACACGUUGAUUUUUCAUUGCUAAAAGGAAAUUAGUUGCCUAUUUCUUAUUCUUUACUGUUCAACCUUUUUUUAAUAAAAUGUUUCAAUAGGAUGCUGCAUAGUUUACAAAUCAAAUAAGAUUUCAUGUGUCUUGAGAAAUAUUGGUCAAUGCAACAUACUAAGCAUAUUGCAUGAACUGGAUAUUUAAAAUUUUUUAUAAGUGGAAUAUUGCUGCAAAAUGUUAAGUUUGACUAAGUGGCAUGCCUUACUUAUCAAUUUUUAGUUGAAGUUGCCAAUUAUUGAAAUUUACCAAAAUUUUUUUUACAUGUUCAUUAAAAACAAUGCAUUGUAUUCAUACUUCACAUUUCUUUCAUGAUUGGCUAAAUUGUUGUGACUAUGUAAAAAUUUCAAUUAAAAAAAUCUUGGAACGUACAAUUUUAUGGUAGAAAAAUCUACUUAUCUUAAAAUCUUAUUUCCAGGUUUUGUGUGUGUGUAUUUUGAAUUCGAGGCUACAUUAUUAAAAAAGCUACUUAAUACCUAUUUUAAUAUCUUUUCAGUCUAAUUCCACUUAAUUUAAUCAUUUUAUAUCUUUAAGUAUGAUUGAAAAGUUAACUUUAUCAGAAACAUUUUAUUUUGCCUUAUAAUUUGUCUAGUUUGUAUGCUCUAUUGAUAAUUUAUUUAUAUGAACUCAAAUAUUCAAACAGGUUUUGAAUGCUGAAAUGUUUGCAUUUUACGUUAACUAAAACGAGUCUGCAAACGCAUAUUGGAAGAUGAAAGUUCAUAAUUUUCAUUUCAUUAAAAUAAUUUAUUUUUAAUAUGUAAAAUUUGACUUUUCUUAGUAAAAAUUCAUAAAUAUGUCAUCAUAUGCUUAGAUUGCAGUUCUAAAUAUUUAAAAAAAAACAUCGAUAUUUAUCUGUAAAUAAAUGUGUUCAAUAAAUGAAAAAAUUUUAGUGUACAUUUCUCCCAAAAAUGUUUUGGCUUGUGGUGUUUACAAUUAUUACUUACUGCCACUGUUUUAAAUCUCUUGUAGAGCAGAUGUUUAUAUUGAAUCCCUCUCCAUGCAGUCCUAUGCUGCACUGCAUUGUAAAGUUAUGUAUAACAUAUGGGAAUAUAGAUUUCCGUAUAAAAAUCAGGUUUUUAUAAUGAGUAUUAAAUGAAACUUUAUUGGCUGUA